AUGAGUAAUGAAGCUGAGCCUCCCGUAAAGAAGCCAAAAAUUAAUGACAUCAAUAAUUUUACUGAAACCAUUGACAAAUGCUUACAAAAUAUAAGACAAUCUCAAAAAAAUUUGAAGGCAGUAUUAGGUAGUGAAUUUGAUUUACCAUUACCACUAGUUGAAGUUUAUGUUGGCCAUAUUACAAAUGUACAAGAUAUAUCUAAAGCUAUUCUUUUACUUAAUGAAAAAAUUCCCUUAAAAGGACUUCAGCAUUUAAAAAGAGUGCAACGGAAAGAUAUUAUAUUAUGUCCAAUUAAUUAUUUAACCGAUGUGACUUUCAUACAAGAUUAUUUAGAAAAAUAUGUGCCCGAAUUAAGAAAUGUCUUUGAUUAUUUUAAAGAAGUACAGGUGCCAUCGCUGCCACCAAAAGUGAAUAGACAGUAUAGAGAAGUUAAAAGGCUUUGGCCAUGCAAUUUUCAUCCAAAUACUUAUUUUGAAAAGCUAGUGGAGAAUAUGAUGUUCCAACCACACGAGCUGUCAGUCCAUAGACAAUAUAUGGAAAUGGUGUUUGAAGUUACUAGAUGGUAUGCAGUGAAUAAAAAUAUUGAGUUUCCAUUAGACAAUGUGUUUAAAGAUAUAAACACAACUAUAGUUGUUGAUCCUGUUAUAGAUUGUAUUGUUGCUGUAGCAUUCGAUAAUAGACAAAAACAUCCAAUGCAACAUUCGGCCAUGUUGGCCAUAGAUAAUGUAGCAAAAACUCAAGAUGGUGGCGCUUGGAGUUCUCCGGAUCGGGAAUUUCCGGGAAUCCCAGAGGAAGUUUUGCCAUAUUUAAAGGAAAAAUUUCCAUCUGUCAAGUUUUAUGUGAAAAGUGGAAAACAGCAGGACAAUGAUGACAAUAAAGAAGGACCAUAUUUAUGUACUGGCUAUUAUAUUUAUAUGUUGAACGAGCCUUGUGUUAUGUGUUCUAUGGCAUUAGUACACUCCCGCGCAAAGCGAAUCUUCUUUUGUAUGGAUAAUAGCCAAAAUGGGGCGUUAAAAUCGAGAGUGAAGUUACAAACUAUUACUUCAUUAAAUCACCGUUUUGAAGUUUUUACUGACUUCUUU